UGCUUAAACAACCGGGCACAUAAGUACCUUGGUACCCGAGGUACCUCCCUGUGCAUCACCCAUGCAUGGAGCCUUGUAUCCGUCUCAGCCGUGCGCCUAGACGGUCCAGUAAUAAGGCACCUUCCAUUUCGUCCCCGUCGUACUCGCACACACCCCCCCGUGAGCACCAACCUCUUUCCUCUAUGGUCAUCAGUCGUGCGGGGUAUUUUGGUAUUUAGGUCGAUGCAUUGCAGCCCGAGCCUGUCAAGAAAACCGACCUCUUUGCUGGCCUUCAUCCCAACACUCAUGUGGGUGUUGAAGCUUCAACUCUGCAAACGCUCACCGCCUCUGGCUCAACAUGAGGUACCUACAUACGCGUGCCGAGUUCAUUCCUUACUUUAUCUAGAUCAACGACUGCACACUCCACUACCGCAUACCACUAGUAUCACCUAACGACAAUGCGUGUGGCCCGACCACUCUACGCCUUAACGGCCAGCGAAACCCUUGACCUUUUGAAGGGCAACACGGUAACGGUUGAACAAUAUGCGCAUUCUCUGCUAGGUCGCGUCAAGGAGAGGGAUCAUAUAAUCAAAGCGUGGGCAUAUCUCGAUCCCGAGUCGGUUCUCAAGCAAGCUAAAGCCCUGGACCAGAUCCCCGAAGACCGGCGAGGGCCCUUACACGGCAUUGCAGUCGGGAUCAAGGAUGUGAUGAACACCAAAGACAUGCCCACCCAAUUCGGUUCUGUAUUGUAUGAAGGCCACCAACCUGGGUUCGAUUCAUCGGCUGUGGCAAUUCUGCGAGCCGCUGGCGCGCUCAUCUUCGGCAAGACAACCACGACUGAGUUCACAGUGCCCAAUUCCGGACCUGGUACCACGAAUCCACAUGACCCUAAGCGAACACCUGGCGGUUCCUCUUGCGGUUCAGCCGCGGCCGUGGCCGAUUUCCAAGUCCCCAUUAGCCUCGGAUCCCAGACUGGUGGAAGCCUGAUCCGCCCGGCUUCCUUCACUGGACUUUUUGCUAUGAAGCCGACUCAUAAUGCGAUUUCGACAGAAGGCCAGAAGGCAUUCUCCCCCAGCUUCGACACGCUGGGUUUUAUGACUCGCAGCAUGGACGAUCUGCGGCUGCUUGCGACGGUGUUUGGCCUCAAAGACGACAAGUCUCCCGAAGACGUGGCUUUAGAGAGACUGUCGGUUGCCUUGGUCAAGAGCCCAAUGUGGCACCGAGCAGGGCCCGGCACGGUAGCCGCCAUGAAGAACGCAGUCGCUAUUCUUGAGGACAGCGGCGUCAGAGUCGACGAGGUUUCAUUUCCGCCCGAGUUCGGCGUCGAAGAAACUAUAAGGGAAAUGCAACGUGUUGUCAUGGGAAGUGAGGCCCGGGUCUCCUUUCUCGGUGAUUAUCGGAUAGGUAAGACGAAGCUCGAUAGCAAGAUUUGUGACCUUGUCGAAAACAGCUCUGGCAUCACCCAUGAGCAGAGGAUACAAGCCCUCGAUGGAUACGCCAACAUGCGGGCCAUCGCCGACGGGCUGGCCGCCAAGUACUCCGUGAUCAUCACGCCCAGCGCCGUGGACGAAGCUCCGCUUGGAUUGCAGGACAUGGGGAGUGCGGCUUUCAACACUCUUUGGACGGGGUUGCAUCUGCCUCUUAUCAAUAUUCCAGCAUUUGUGGGCGCCCACGGGAUGCCUAUUGGAAUCUCGCUCGUCGCUGGCAGAUUCCACGACCAGUAUCUCAUACGCCUCGGGACAGCACUCAGUGAGCCACUCAUGGCUGUUGGUGGCUGGCAGGAGGCGCUCUGUUCGGUACGCGAGAACCAGCACGUUCCCGAAUAUGCACAUGAUAUGACCGCCCAGACAUCCCGGGUGUCGGUGUGUUCCAUUUUAUGAUGGCGAGAUUGGUCGGUUCCCGAAACCCCCCCUCAUCAAAAAGGCAAAAAAGGAAAUGCGGUCUGCCCGGAUGGUGGGCGCGCGGUUUCAUUGGCCGGAUCUUGAGUCACCGGCUUGGGCACCAUCCGUGAUACACCCACUAGCCGGGCAUCAUGCAUGGGCGCCGCGGCUAUCCAAGCCGGUGUUGCCAGCGAGAUUAUUGAGGCUCGUGGAGAAGAGAUGUGCUUAUCGAGAAUACCUAAUGAGAGAAAACCGGGCAUGCGUCCCCGCUUGGCUG